AUGGCUUCAACUACCGAGAAACCCGUAGCAAUUGUUACAGGCGCCGCCUCCGGGAUUGGACUCAACCUUUCCAAGCUUCUCGUGUCCCGCGGCUGGCGCGUCGUCAUGGCUGAUGUGAAUGAGAAGUUGGGCAAGCUACAGUCGAAUGCCUUGGGGCCGGAGACCCUGUUCUCAAAGUGUGAUGUCUCGGACUGGGACUCCCAGUGCAGAACGUUCGAAAGCGCAGUCCAGAAAUGGGGCAGGAUUGACUUUGUUGCUGCGAAUGCAGGGUUGCCCGAGCAAGUUCCCUUAUUGACCAUAACGGGGGACUCACCAAAGAAGCCAAGCACGCUCGUUCUGGACGUGGACCUCAAAGCAGUCAUUUACAGCGUCAAUCUAGCACUGUUCUACAUGCGACAGAACGGAGGAAAGGGUGGAAAGAUCGUGGUGACAGCUUCGCAGGCUGGCAUCUAUGGAUUGCCUACGGGGCCGAUCUAUGCGGCUGCAAAAGCCGGUUGUAUUUAUCUGGUUCGUUCGAUCGCCAAAUCACUUGCGGAGGAAAAUAUACAGAUCAAUGCCAUUUGCCCAGGACUGACAGACACGGGCAUCACGCACCAAGCAAUUCCGUCGUUUCGGGCCGACAUCAUUACACCGAUGGCCAACCACAUGGCUUGUUUUGAGCACUUUUUGGACACAGACGCAUCCGGGGCUGCCAUGGAGGUAGACGCCGGUGGCAUGUACAAUAGAGCCAGACCUGAUUUUCAUUCCAAGCAUCAGCAAUGGAUGGAUGAAGACUCGACGGCAGAAUCUUGGAAGCGAGGGGGCAUCCUGGGAAAUGCUGCGGUUAAAAGUGUAUGA